AUGGCCGCCUUCGAUCUCUGGACUCCCGAGUUCUGCCUCGGCUGUGACAAGCAGACCGACGGCACUGCCUACUGCUCUGAAUCCUGCCGCCUGGCCGACUUCGAGAAGACUUCCACUUCCAGCUCCGUUGCGAGCUCUCCCGGCCUCAACGCUCCCUCAUACCCAUGGUCCGGUUCUUCGAGGCAACAAUCGUCGAACAAGCUCUACCUCGCUCCCGCCUACGACUUUUCCAACCCCCAGCCGUACGGCUCAACACCCGUCAGACAAUCCUACCUCUCUCAGAGGCAGUCAUCCACCCGCCGCACCCUGACCACCUCGAGCUCUAACUCCAGCCUCUGCUCGAUGCAGAGCACCACAUCAUCGAACGCAGACGCCAGCCAGCUGUCGGACAAGGCGAGGAGAGAACUCCAAGCAUACGCCGUGUCUUUCGAGCAAGCCCGUCUUCAACGCCGCCGUUCCUACUAA